GUGCGUUUCUAGCAUAACUGCAAUACUUACAGCGACUCUUGUUUGUGCGUGGAUUGGGAAAAGUGAAUCACUAACGCAGCUGGAUAACCUCACGAACCGUCUCGAUUUAUAAAUAGCCGAUAACGAGAGCAACUGUGAAAUAACUGAGCUUUUCACAGACGAUUUUGCGUUUGAGCUUCAUCUGUGUGGAAAGACAGCGACAUCUGUGCGGGAGUAGAGCAGAAGUUUUUGCCUUUUUAAAGCUAGUUGUUCUUUCCAUCGACAUGUCCUCCGGUGAUGUGUCAGAGCAGUGUCGGCGGUUUUGCGUGUUGUCUUGGGAGCAGGUGCAACGUUUGGACUCUAUUCUUGGCGAGACGGUUCCAGUUCACGGACGUGGAAACUUCCCGACGCUUUCGGUGCAACCGCGACAGAUUGUUCAGGUGGUUCGAGCGCGUUUGGAGGAGCGAGGCAUCACGGUUCGAGAUGUGAGGCUGAACGGCUCUGCUGCCAGUCACGUUCUGCACCAGGACACGGGGCUCGGAUACAAGGACUUGGACCUGAUUUUUGGUGUUUCACUGUCAGACGAUCAGGCUUUCCGUGUGGUUAAGGAUGUGGUUCUCGACAGCCUUCUGGACUUCCUACCCGAGGGUGUCAGCAAGGAAAGAAUCUCACCACUUACUUUGAAGGAGGCCUAUGUGCAGAAGUUGGUGAAGGUUUGCAAUGACACCGACCGCUGGAGUCUCAUUUCCCUCUCCAACAACACCGGCAAGAACGUCGAGCUUAAGUUUGUAGACUCUCUGAGGCGGCAAUUUGAGUUCAGCGUGGACUCCUUCCACAUAGUCUUGGACUCCCUUCUUCUGUUCGACCGUUGUUCAGAGACGCCCAUGUCGGAGUGCUUCCAUCCGACGGUGUUGGGCGAGAGCAUGUACGGGGACUUUGAGGACGCUCUCGGCCAUCUGUGCAACAAGGUCAUCGCAACCCGAAACCCGGAGGAGAUCCGGGGAGGUGGUCUCUUAAAAUACUGCCACCUUCUGGUGCGAGGGUUUCGGCCGACCUCCGAAUCGGAGAUGAAAUCGCUCCAGCGGUACAUGUGCUCUCGGUUCUUCAUUGACUUUCCAGACAUAGGCGAGCAACAGCGAAAGCUCGAGGCGUACCUGCAGAAUCACUUCGCCGGAAUGGAGCACAAACGGUAUGACUGUCUGGUCACGUUAUACCACGUGGUCAAUGAGAGUACGGUUUGCUUGAUGGGACACGAACGACGGCAGACAUUAAAUCUUAUCUCCAUGCUCGCACUGAGGGUGCUGGCUGAACAGAACGCCAUCCCCACGGUGACCAACGUCACGUGCUAUUACCAGCCGGCACCCUACGUGCGAGACAUCAACUUCAGUAACUACUACAUCGCACACGUGCAGCCGCUGGUGCACACCUGCAGUAGUUCCUACCCAACGUGGUUGCCCUGCAACUGACCCCUGCAGAGGACAUCUGAUUAAAAUCGACUUCAGCCCUUGUACCUUCCCAUGUGGUGAAGACGAAAUGCAAGUGAAUAUAUACACUUUUUUU